AUGCCGCAGCCUCCAGGAUCUGAAUGUCGUGCACCACCUUAUUCACCGCCUUACGCACCAACCACGACUGACGGCUGUCAUUCACCGCAGCCGCUGGAAGCUGAAACUGAAUCUUUUGCAUCAUCACCGUCACCACCACCUUCCGAGGGUCAUUCACCGCAGCCGCAGGAACCUAAGUGUCGUGCACCGACAUACGCACCAACAACAAGUAACGGAUCUGAAUGUGGUGCAGCAGCAUACGCACCAACCACUGAAACCCCUCUCACCACCUCACCGUCGAAAAAGUAUGGUGAGAUAGGGCUGUAUGGUCAAAUUGGACUUCAUUGCUACAAUCUGCACAAGGGCACAAAUUUACAGUUUUUGGACGUAGCAUUGUUCCAUCCUUCCGCAAUGUUUUGUUGGCGUAUAUUAAUAAAGGCCGCAGAGGAACCAAUAGGCAAAUCCACUUGCUACCUCGAUACAGGAAUUUUUCAUAGCAAUAAGAUGCAAGGUUGCAGGCGAGUUGUUGUAACGCGCUGCUCGUUACGGCCAGAGGUGAAACGAUGUUGCUAUGAAAGACCUGUGGUGGAUGAUUUCUUCAAAGAUGCUAUGCCCACUUGGAUCCCUGAGGAUGCGCUCACGGGCAGCUGCAAGCUGCAAUACCACGAGUUGACAAAGUCAGAGGUGGAACAAGACAAGGGAUGGCUUCAACUCUACGCUCUGCUCGCGUAUUUGGCCUUGGAAUUGGAAUUUUACCCGGAGGAAGCGGAUCCAUUCGUGGAGCUGAGAAAGGUAGUUGUGCAAACCAAAGAAGAUGUGGAGCCGAGGAAGAAGGCCAAGGCCACGUGUGCAAUCUUCUACAUUAGCUUCAGAAAGAGUGACGGUCAAGACUUCAAUGCUAUCAUUAGGAGAACAACGGUUGAAAUUCCCGGGCAUAUGGAGCUUGAAUUCAAGUGUUUAAUGUGA